CGGACCAGCACUUUCAAGUCAAGCCGCAACCCACCACCGACCAUCCCGCCUCAUCGACGCGACCUGGAAACUCCACUGCAGCGCCCUGGUGACGUUUCGCUCCGAAUCCUGCGCCCGCGGUGCCUCACGUCGGUCACAGGCAGCCGCAAAAAUGUCCGACAUUAAGGAAGAGAGUGCUAAGCGCAAGGCCUCGGAGGACCCCUCCUCCCCGUCGGCAUCCAAACGCAUCAAGCACGAUGAGUCUGCCGAGCCCCAAGAGGACAAGAAGCAGGAAAUAAAGCCGAUUCCGUUUCCUGACAAGCCCGCCGUGAUCGAAGAGCGAAAUGGCGAAAUCGAGUUCCGCGUGGUCAACAACGAUGGCGACCGCGAUUCUCUCAUCAUUCUCACAGGCCUAAAAUGCAUUUUCCAGAAGCAGCUGCCUAAGAUGCCCAAGGAUUACAUCGCGCGCCUGGUCUACGAUCGGACACAUUUGUCGAUUGCUAUUGUCAAGAAGCCUCUUGAGGUCAUCGGCGGAAUCACGUACCGCCCCUUCAAGGGCCGCCACUUUGCCGAGAUUGUGUUCUGCGCUAUCAGCUCCGACCAGCAGGUCAAGGGAUACGGCGCCCACAUGAUGUCUCAUUUGAAGGACUACGUCAAGGCGAGCAGCGACGUGAUGCAUUUCCUGACGUACGCGGACAACUACGCCAUCGGCUACUUCAAGAAGCAGGGCUUCACAAAGGAGAUCACGCUCGACAAGAAGAUAUGGAUGGGCUACAUCAAGGACUACGAAGGCGGCACUAUAAUGCAGUGCUCGAUGCUCCCUCGUAUUCGGUACCUCGAGAUGGGCCGCAUGCUUCUCAAGCAAAAGGAGUGCGUCCAGGCCAAGAUUCGCGCCUACUCCAAGUCGCACAAUGUCCACCCGCCCCCCAAGGAUUGGAAGAACGGCAUCAAGGAGAUCAACCCGCUCGACAUCCCCGCGAUCCGCGAGUCGGGCUGGUCCCCCGACAUGGACGAGCUCGCGCGCCAGCCGCGCCACGGCCCCAACUACAACCAGCUCCUGCAUCUGCUGAACGACCUGCAGAACCACAACUCGGCGUGGCCGUUCCUCGUCCCGGUUAACCGCGACGAAGUGGCCGACUACUACGACGUCAUCAAGGAGCCCAUGGAUCUCAGCACCAUGGAGAGCAAACUCGAGGCAGACCAGUACGCCACGCCCGAGGAUUUUACCAGAGACGCACGCCUCAUCUUUGAGAACUGCCGCAAGUACAACAACGAGAACACGCCGUACGCCAAGUCGGCCAACAAGCUUGAAAAAUACAUGUGGCAGCAGAUCAAGGCCGUCCCCGAGUGGUCGCACCUCGAGCCGGAGAAGUAGGACUUUGCUCCAGCCUCGAGGCGCAACAACGCCAUCGCCGCCGCCUCGCCCGCUACACAGCAAGGCCAGAGCCAGACACAGGGCCAAGACCCCAGCGGGGCGUCGCGACCACGGCUCAGGUAACUUUGCGGUCCCACGCCAUUUCGCAGGCGUGCCGAGUGCUUCUAUCAGUGACUAACCAUGGCGGCUGCGUCGUUUUCUUUCAACUGCAGGAUCAUUUUACGGCCUUCAAAGGCUGGAAACAGGAAGUGAAUCGUUUAGCGAGGUGUUUUUGGGCUGUCAAAGGGUUUUGGCGUUGAGCGGAGGGUAUACCAUACAGGACGGUCUGGUACACGGUGAGCGGAACGGGAUGCCUACCAUGCGGGAUGGGCUGGUACGCAUAACCGCACGGGGGAUCAGGGUCAUUGACUCAUACUACUGUACCAGUCGUCACGACUGGACUGGACUGGACAUUGUUUGGGGUAUUGCUCAAGUAUUUUGUUUUGAAUUUGGGAACUUCUAGGGAACCGAAACCAAGGUAGCGGGCAGCCUACUGCCGCUGCCGCUGCUGCCCCCGUUGCAAAGACUUGCGAUGUUGUACCGAUUACGAUAGGGAGCCUAGCGCAAUAGUAGCGGACAGUCUUGUGUGAUGCAGCUACCUAAGGUAGGUACUAAUGAAGUAGACGGGACGUGGAUUCUAUUCUCGAAAAACGGUACCGACCGCGUACAUGAGUUGAUAUGCCCGCUUCAUACCUCACCAAGGG